GCCUCCUGGGUGCCGCGGUGCGCAGGGAUCCAGCGAUAUCCCUCCUUGGCGGAUGACGCCCGUGGGAUGAUUGUAGGACUAUCCUUUGGCAAGCAUCCCGUCCACGAGACUGGCUGGAUGUCAGAUCACAAAAACAUAAAAGAAGCGCUCCGCCCCCGUUGAAACAAACUGUUGUGUUCCAUACGGUUUAUCCCAAUUGAUCAAGUUUAACCUGCAAGGAAAAAGGAAAUCAAAACAAAACAAAUCCAAGCUCCAAGCAAACAAAAUCAAAUCAAACCAAACACACACACAAGAACAUUAAAUUCUUCUGUGACCGACCACAGUAGUCACCACUCAUAAACCAACCCCACCACCAAAAAAAAAACAAAUACCUACUCAAAAUCUAGGCUCGAUCUUCUAAAGAAGACCAGAGCCCAUCCGACACAAACCCUUGCCGAUGAAGAGCUUCGAGACCCAACGCACCUACACCAGCCUGACCAGCUGCUCGGCCUCGUCCGCAGACUCCAAUACCAACCCCAGCGCCCGCGUCAACCCCUGGACAGGCCGCCCCCUGCGCAACACCUCCUUCGGGGGCCGCCACAGCAACGACUGGCUGUUUGGCAGUGUCGCCGUCAAGAAGUCCAUCAAGAAGGGCGUCAAGCGGGUUCUGUCGCACAACCACGCCGCCGAGUGAGGGAUCUGGACGCUGGGUUUAUUUACUACUAUCACUCACUCUCUGUCUGAACUGAGAGUGUGCGAGAGCGAGAGAGACGAGAGAUUUGUACGUGCCAAUGAUGAUCAGGAUGAUGAUGACCCCGGCCGAGGAGAUGCUUGGCGACGAGGAGGGCGAGCCGCCCCACGGGAAUCGGCUGGCAGUCAGCAGACACGUCAGCCCAGAGACGCCAUGUGAGCAGCAGAUAUCGGCACAGGUGGGAGGAACAUCACAGCAGCAUCACCAUAGCAACAUUGGCCAUCUGGCCCAAGUAGACAGUAUCGUCUAUUCAAUACAUUCAUUAACAC